CGGUUUAGUUUAUGUUUGAUCGUUGUUUACUGUAGAGCACAACUCUCAGACUCUGAGAUACAUUCGUUUCUCGGUUCAUAUUUUUGUGUGCAGCAGCUCUGUGUACCAUUGUCUCAAGUCCAGGUACAGAGGAGGGUGUCGGUGACUGUUCUUUUCCACAGUUUUCAGUUCUGUUUCGGGAAAAGCUUGUUUUUUUGUUGUUCCAGAAAAAAAACCCGAAAAAGGAAGUGCAAGAUACUUACUUUCUUCAUCGGAUGAAAGCAAAAAGCUGGAAGAAAAGUGCGAAGCAAAAGGAUCCAUUCGGAUGUGAGUGACAAGUCAGCUUGUUCGGCAAUUUUCCUCGAUGGAAAAAUCCAUAUUUUGUGAGAAAAGAUAAAUAUGAAUACUUAUUCACACUAGAAUCUUCGGUGAAGUGAUUGGCUAAUUAGCAGCGAAAAUUAUAUACGAAAGUGAUUCCAUGGAUCGAUUGUGAAUGACAGUGAUUUUUAAUUCACCUUUUUCAUGAUACCAUCUGUUUAAGGAUUACCCCCUACUCAAUCGUUUUUAACUGACCGUUAUCAUCGGAUUCAUCAUCAUAUUAUAAGUCAUUAAAAGGAUCAUUUCCACAUCAAUCGAGCGAGAGGAAACGCAAAGAAAAACAGAGAAUUUGCGAGCCAAAAACCAUAACAACGAUGGGUGAAACAGACGAGAAAGAUACAGUGCCACCGGCGGCAAACGAGAAAACCACCCCCGAAACAACCACCGUCACCGAAAGUCGGGAACCAGAGGCCGAUCCGAAGGAAACCGAGAAGCUUCUGGCCAACAGCGAAGAGAAAAGUGACGAUAAAAAGUCGGAAAAAUCUGUCGAUGAGAAAAAGAAAAGCAACGAAAAUGUAAACGGCACCGGCGAGGAGAUCAUCAACAUUUCCGACGAAACCAAACAAGAGGAGCAACAAAAAACUAAGCCCGAUAAGCCAAACAAGGUGCAAGCCGAGGAGCGCGAGGUCAAGCCCAAAAAAGUACCAGCUGGUGCCUUCAAAUUGCCUGGUUUCUUCAACAAGGGCAAAAUAAAGGAAUCCGAUGGGGCCGAUAAUGAACUGCUGGAGAAACAGGAUCCAGAAAAGGACACGAAACCGGCGGUCGAAGUCGAAGAAAAACCCAAACGAACAGGUUUCUUUGCGAAUUUGCGCUUCCGUAAUCCAUUUGCCAAAAAACAACCCGCCGCCGACGAGUCGAAGGUCAAAUCAGAUGAGGAAGAGAACGAUGAAGUGACCGCUGAAGCUACUGAUGUGAAACCGGGAGACGAUAGUGCGACCGACAAGAAGGAAGACCACUCUGAUCAGGUGUCGAAGAAAGGUCUCAUCGAAUCGUUGAAGGUUCCCCUCGCCAGCAUCAUCCCUAAGAAGUUCAAAGCAGGUAACGGGGAAGCGGACGAUGAUUUGGAGCUGGGGAAGAGACCAAAGAACCGAGCUGGCUUGGCUUCGAUGGAAACGCUAGAUGAUUCGCUGAAAGAUGUGGAAACGAAGGACACCGUGGACAAGGCUAACGUGAAUGGGACCGAUUCGGAAGCACUAGUCAAAUCGGAUGACAAAAAAGAUGCUGAAAAAGACGAAGCGGAUGAAGGUGCCAAAACGAAACAAACCCUGGGCCAGCGGAUUCGAUCGUACAGGUGUUCUGCUGAUGAUCUCUUCAUUGCCGGUGGAAUCCUCGUUGUCAUACUGUUAGUGGCCCUGAUCUUUGCCUUCGCAGUGUUUGGCAAGAGUGAACGAAUUGCUGCACCAGUACGUGACGGAAAGUACAUCGAAACUGUCACGUCUUGCGGGAAAGUGGAAGGUAUCCUCGAGGAUGGUGCGUAUGCAUUCCGAGGCAUUCCAUAUGCUGUACCACCGGUAGGGCCUCUGCGUUGGAAGGCUGCUCAACCGAUUGAAAAUAUUAACUACUGCUGGAAUGAAACGUUGAAGGCUCAUAAUGCAACGCCUGUGUGCUGGCAGUUCUACGCGGACGGAAAAGUUGAUGGAGCUGAAGAUUGUCUAACUCUGGACGUUAUUACCCCACAUGUACGAUACGACAAUCCCCUUCCAGUAGUUGUGCUGAUCGGAGCAGAAUCCUUCACCGGUGAUUCUCCUGGUAAACUCCGUCCAUCUACCCGUUUCGCCCGUGCCCACGAUGUCAUCUUUGUACGGCCAAAUUUCCGUUUGAACGUUUUCGGCUUUCUGGCGUUGGAACAGCUAACGAAGAGUACCCAUCCGCCAACCUCCGGAAAUUACGGACUGUCAGAUAUCAUCGCCGCACUGAAAUGGAUUCAGUUGAAUAUCGCCCACUUUGGUGGCGACCCGAAGUCGGUUACACUGUUCGGACAUCGUGCUGGUGGAUCCAUCGUGGCAGCCCUGGCGUCAUCCAACAAAACCUCCAAACUAUUCGCAAGAUCAUGGAUCUCAUCAGCGGCUUCCAUAUUCCCAGGAAAGCCCUUAUCGGAAUCGGAGAAGGCCAACGGAGUUUAUCUUGGUAGAGUGAAGUGCGAAGAUGCCAAAUGUCUGCGGGACAAGGAAGACGAGGACGUGUUGGAUGCCGUUCCGGAUAUCUGGAGAAGAACCUUCCCCGAUCUACCGGCGGUCGAUGAGAACACCACCGCUAACCAUGAAUGGCUCGUCUUGGAUGGACACAUUCUGCAACAGCACCCAGCUGACGUUUGGAGCACCGAAACUGGCACCGUUAAAUACGUAAUCGGUUCGACUGCCCACGAGAGUCACUCUGAAAAUUUGUAUCUUAAAUACACCGAGUGGACCCCGGAACUGGUCACCAAACAUGUCAACGAAAGCAAGAUCGGUGAGCUCGGUCUCACUGAGGAAGCACUCAAGCGAUACAACGCCACCUACCAAGGUCUUGUCGCAAUGAUUUCGGACAUCCGAACUGUCUGUCCGUUGAUGACAAUCUCCCAAAAGCUGCUAACGUCACAGUUCUACGUAGUGACUCAAACUGGAGGCGAACUGAGCAUUGCUGACGUCGACUCCGACAUCCAAGCUAUCCUCGGCCGAUACGAACCGAAGACCCCCGAACAGCGACGGUAUGUGUCCGCAAUGCAGCAAAUGUUCUACCAUUAUGUAUCCCAUGGCGACAUUAAAGCCGAACUACGGCGGAAGCUUAUCGACAUCCGCCAAGAUGCUCUUCCCACUUACAAAACCGAUAACUGCGAUUUCUGGAUCAAGAACGACGUGGUUCCUCGGUACGCGCGAGUGGACUAAAAAGUGUGUGAGUGUGAACAUGUUGCAUAGAUAUAUGCUGGGAAAAAAACCAGUCACUGGAAGAACCGUUUUUUGUACACAAACCGCAUAAACGAGGAUCGGAAGUGGACUGUUUCCUGUCCCCCACUACGGAAUGGUUGCUUUUUUAGUCGUACAGAUUUACAAUCGCCCAACUUUUUACGGCGAAAAACAUCUCUUUUUCUAUCUAUCCAGUAUUAAUGAAAGUCUUAGCCGGGACGGUCCGUUCCGUUCCGGUAGACCAACCAUGACCAAAAACUCAUUGAUUUCACAACAGUUCAUUCAUAUUCACGUGCAGAGUAUUAGGAUAACAUUUCGCUCUCUUUCUCUCUUGCUCGGAAACCAAUAGAAAUCGUCGUCGCAUAAUCGCAUCCAUCGCAUCAUCGAAUCCAGCAAAACAUCAUGAUUCAAAAACAUUGUUAGAUGUCUCGACGAUAGUUAGUCCUCUUAUAUAUAAAACAAAAAAAAAACUUAUUGAAAUCUAAUACAAUGAAAUGGCUGUAAAAAGUUAUAGCUACUAAAUAUUAAAAAUAUGAAACGUUUGGAAGUCGUAAUAUAUUAAACAAAUCUCUCUUAUUUAUAGCAAAAAUUGAAAAGGCAGUUUGGGAAUCCUUCAGUAAGGAUAGAGAUAAUAGCAAUUGGGAAAAAAAAUGAAAAAUGAACACAUGUGGUAAAGAAAAGAAAACGGAAAAGCUAUAUUCGUAAAUCUAGUUUGUAACACAUAUUGUUGUAAUUUAUACCUACUAUGUAAUAUGUAAUUAUUAUGUACUUUUUUCGCAUGAUUAGUUCCGUGACAAUAUAGUGAUCUUCUAAGUAAGGUAACUUUUAUUUGUCCUCCUGAUUAGUAGGCACGGUAAGGAAAUAAUUUUAAAUGCUAAAUGUGCUAAGUCUGGACAAAUUCAUAACAGAGAACCAGGGGUUUUGCAAGCCAACUAUUUUAGUAUUGGAACGCAUAUUUGAGUUUUGUGUUAUGUACAAGUGCAACAGAAUCAUGGAACCAGAAUCCGGAACCAGUGAGGUCUGGUAAUAAAAUAAUAACAAAAUACAUUAAGUAUAUUAUUUUUAUUAUUUUGUAUAAAAAUACUCAAUAAAACUCCCAAGAAGCCUAUCACAUAGUUUGUUCAUUUUUCGUGCAUAGGCACACAAUUCCGCAUUUAUUAUAGUACUGGCAAUGCAAUGUGUAAAGAUGAUGAUGAUGAUGUUGAAUUAAAGAGGCUUUAAACUUUUCAGUUCAUUCGCCUCUGUGUAAAGAAGUGGAAAAAGCUAGAAAUAUACAUUUGACUUUUUAGGUUGUAUAAAAA